UAUACUGUAGGCUGUCCUCCUGGCUUUCCAGGCGCACUGCACGCUUUUCUGUUUAAUUCGCAUCAUUUAAUUUGCAUUGUACUUUGCCUUCUGAUACAGUAUUGUUUUUUGUGCAACGCUUGCUGUGUGCUUGCGGCUCCCAGUGACCAAACUAAAGGACGGUCAGUCAGCAGAAGUUAUGCAGUUAUUUGAUGAAGGUGACGUUCUGCAGAAUGGAUGCCAAAUACUAAACAGCGCAGUCUGCGUGUGAGAGAUCUACAGCAGGAGCAGGGAGAAGUUUGACUGCGCAUAGUGUGGAAUGGGCGAUGGAAUGUGCUACAGCUUUGCAAUGAGACAUCUGUGGGUCUGCGUCUUGCUUGUGAGCAUCACCUGCCGUCUGAGCCUUUGCCAGGAUGUAACCGGUACUCCCAAAGAAGCUGAAUUAAACGACAACAUCACCAUCUUCACACGCAUACUUGACGGACUUCUGGAUGGUUACGACAACAGACUCCGCCCUGGCCUGGGGGAGAAGGUGACGGAGAUCAAAACCAACAUUUUUGUUACCAGCUUUGGUCCAGUCUCUGACACUGAAAUGGAAUACACUAUUGAUGUGUUCUUCCGUCAAAGCUGGAAAGAUGAGAGACUUUGCUUUAAAGGUCCAAUGGAGAUGCUUCCUCUGAAUAAUCUCCUGGCCAGUAACAUCUGGACCCCCGACACCUUCUUCCUUAACGGGAAGAAAUCUAUCGCCCAUAAUAUGACUACACCUAACAAGCUCCUGCGGCUGAAAGAUGAUGGGACUCUUCUCUACACCAUGAGAUUGACUAUAUCAGCAGAAUGCCCCAUGCAACUGGAGGAUUUCCCAAUGGAUGCCCAUGCUUGUCCCCUUAAGUUUGGAAGCUAUGCAUAUCCAAUCUCAGAGGUGGUCUACACGUGGACUCAGGGAGCAGCCAAGUCGGUGGUGGUGGCAGAGGAUGGCUCUCGGCUCAAUCAGUACCACCUGACUGGUCAGACGGCAGGGACAGAAGACAUCCACACCAGCCGAGGUCAAUACACCGUGAUGAUGGCUCACUUUUACCUGAAGAGGAAGAUCGGCUACUUUGUCAUUCAGACCUACAUGCCCUGCUUCAUGACUGUAAUCCUGUCCCAAGUUUCCUUUUGGCUCAAUCGAGAGUCUGUACCAGCCCGAACUGUCUUUGGUGUGACCACCGUGCUCACCAUGACUACUCUCAGCAUCAGCGCUCGAAACUCGCUGCCUAAAGUGGCUUAUGCCACUGCCAUGGAUUGGUUCAUCGCAGUCUGCUAUGCCUUUGUCUUCUCUGCCCUCAUUGAAUUUGCCACAGUUAAUUACUUCACCAAGAGGAGCUGGGCUUGGGAUGGAAAAAAGGCAAUGGAGGCUCAACAGCGCAAGAAAAAAGACCAUUUGGCGCUGUCUAAAAAGCCAAACAACACUUGUUCAGCCGGUGUGAAUUAUACAGCCAACCUUACAAAGGACACAUCUAUCGCCACCAUUUCAAAUAGCACAGCUGUUCAGCUCAAACCAUCUGAAACCAAGGCCCCUGACCCCAAAAAAACUUACAACAGCGUGAGCAAGAUUGACAAGAUGUCCAGGAUAGUGUUCCCGGUGCUGUUUGGAACCUUCAACCUGGUGUACUGGGCCACAUAUCUCAAUAGGGAACCAGUGGUCAAAGGAGCCGUGUAAGCUCCAUGAUGGAAGUCAUCCAUCCUCCUGACAACCACUUCAGGAUUUGAUAACUACAAUGAAAUCAAAAACAAUGCCAAGCACUUAGUCCUUGUAUCAUGAUGUGUAUUUUUUUUAGGUCAUUACAGUAUACUGCAUGUGUGUUGCUUUAGAAAAUGCUUCUAUGUUUGCCUUGAGUUUGUACAUGUAAGAUUAACAACUUUUCUUUAAAACAAUUCAUUUAUCUCAUUUUAGAACUUAGUCACUGAUUAAUUUCUGCCAAAUUCUGAUAUAUUGAAAUUUUAGCAUUUGGCUUUUGUAUUUUUUUCUUGAGUCAACAGCAGAUGAUAGUACAGCAAGGCCAAAUGCUAUGCAAAACAACAUUUUUACCGUGUUACAGGCUUUUAUCUUUGUAAGUCUUACUUUGUACAAAUGAGCUGGCGGUCCAGGUAUGUGAGGCUGGGCCCAGGCACAUGGAACUUUGCUUCCUUGUUAAAAGCAGAUGAAUAGCCAUGCUAAAUGUGUUGCCUUCAGAGUGUGAUAACUCAUUAUGAAUGCACUGAAUUCUCCUGCAAUUACUUUUUCAGAAGCCAGUUAUAAAACCUUUAGUUAAAUACUUUUUGCUCAUUUUGUGCUACCAUUACUCUUAUUUCUCUGUUUAUGUAGAGAUUAAAUGGGGCCAGAUAUCAAGCUAAAGUGACAGUGGCAGCUUCCGUUUCCAGGUCACCGUGUUAAGGAAUCCUGUAUGUGUGAAUGUAUGUUCGUAGUUGGAAAAACAUGUAUAUACCGUAUGUCCAGCUUUUAGAAAAGCACCACUAAGCCAGUAAAGUCAGCUUCUUUGUCAUGUAUAUACAGCAACAUAGUGUUAGUCUAGUGCUUCGAUGACUGGAUAUUGAGAAAUUGAGCAGAACAGCUCGAGCUUUACAGUGCUUUCUUAAACAUUUUGUUUUGUAGGUAACUUUGUUGUUUCUAUAAGCUUUAAUGAUAACUUGCAAAUAUUCAUGAUAAAUAUUUGGAUUUGGACAUAAUUUAAAGUAACUGCUAAUUGAGCCCAUUACCAGACUUAUGUUACAUUUGUUAUUUUUAGGGUUUCAAGCAAAAGUGUAACAUCAAGUAUUAAUAUGUCUGUCAUUAAAUAGCUGAGUGUUAUCUCUAACGAAUAGCUCAACAUGUUGCUUUGUUACUGAGCACUGGGGAGAUGAUUGGUACCACUCACAUUCUCAUAUAGUAAAUGAAUGAGUUAGCUUUGGAGAUGAUACAGUAAGUGAAAUGUGUUAUCUUUCCAUAUUUCCCAUAUCAAUGCUUAGCUAAUGUCCCGUUUGUAGCAUCACAUUUAUCAUACAAGAGCUCAAAUAAGUGUAUAUAUCAAGAGUGUUUUACAGUUACAGUCAGACCACACAGCUUUGAGCUUUUUACAUGAUACUGUACCCACUGCGAGAGCUGCAUGCACUACACACUUCAGCAGAGUUAGGUUUGCAAUCUUCCCACUUCUCCCAGAAUUACAAUUGUUUCAACCUUUUGUCUCUAGGUAUGGCUACAGAAUGAGCAGUUUAAACAUGAAUGUGAUCUACUCUUGUGAUUUUAUGCCUUUCUGUGUGGCCUGCCACUAGUUAAUAGGUUUACGGAAGACACCAGUGGUAUUACAGUAUAUGACUACAUUUAAGUGAAUGUUAGGUACCAGCUGUUCUUUAUAUGCAAUAUCAGAAGCAAUAAAUAAUGCUCAUAUGAACAGUUACUUCUGUUUAUGGUUAUAUGGUUAUGGAUUAUGUAAUUAUUGAAUCUUUUGCUUAUGUCUUUUUGUUCAGAUUUUAUCAUUUUGGCAAUAGUGUUUUUCUAUAUAUGAUUAUAUUCUGAGUAAUUUUAUCCCCAGCCCUUCCCUCUUUGGAAGCACAGUGCUCUCUGACCAUACUGUAUAAAGUAUUUAUUUUACUUGAAUGUUCCUUUUUGCGUUGAUGCAGAUGAUAAAUGUAGAGGUCUGGACCACUACUGAACAAUACAUUUUCUCUUUCUUAACUGUAAUGCAUAUCUGAUUCUAAAUAAAGCUUCACU